UUGGCGGUUGCGUUGUGGACGGAUCCCCCCGCCGCGCGCUCCAUGUAACAAGGAAGGAGCCCCGGGAUCGGUAGAGCGGCGGCAGGGGGCGGAGAGAGAGAGAGCGCGCGCGCGUGCAGCCAGCGGGGCCCCGUGUUCCCGCAGCGGUCAGCCCGAGCGCGAGCAGGCCGAGCCCUGACACCCGCCAACCCACCCACAGCCGGCCCCCCAGCCAGCCCGGCCGAGAGGGAGAGCUGCACAGCCCCGCGCAACAUGGUGUUCCUCAAGCUCCGGGAGCAGCCUCCCUUGGUUCAAGCAAUUUUUAAUGGUGAUCCUGAUGAAGUUCGGGCAUUGAUAUUCAAGAAAGAAGAUGUUAACUUCCAGGACAAUGAAAAGAGAACUCCCCUUCAUGCUGCGGCAUAUCUUGGAGAUUCUGAAAUCAUUGAGCUUCUUAUUUUAUCAGGAGCUAGAGUAAAUGCCAAAGACAGCAAAUGGUUGACUCCCCUGCACAGAGCGGUUGUAUCCCGCAGCGAGGAGGCCGUUCAGGUUUUGCUCAAGCAUUCAGCAGAUGUCAAUGCCCGCGACAAAAACUGGCAGACCCCACUGCAUAUAGCGGCAGCAAAUGAAGCUGUAAAGUGUGCAGAAGCACUGGUGCCUCUUCUUAGCAAUGUUAAUGUAUCAGACCGGGCAGGGAGGACAGCAUUACACCAUGCAGCCUUCAGCGGUCAUGUUGAGAUGGUCAGUUUACUGCUGUCUCGAGGUGCCAACAUUAAUGCUUUUGACAAGAAGGACAGACGUGCAAUACACUGGGCAGCAUAUAUGGGUCACAUUGAAGUGGUAAAGUUACUUGUGACACACGGAGCUGAAGUAAUGUGUAAAGACAAGAAAUCCUACACACCACUGCAUGCGGCAGCCUCCAGUGGAAUGAUCAAUGUAGUGAAGUAUCUCUUAGAUCUCGGAGUUGAUAUGAAUGACUCAAAUGCUUAUGGAAACACUCCAUUGCAUGUGGCUUGCUAUAACGGGCAAGAUGUAGUAGUUAAUGAACUUCUUGACUGUGGUGCUAAUGUGAACCAAGUGAAUGAGCGCGGUUUUACACCAUUACACUUUGCUGCAGCAUCAACGCACGGAGCACUUUGUCUAGAGCUCUUGGUCUGUAAUGGAGCAGAUGUGAAUAUUAAGAGUAAAGAUGGGAAGACACCUCUACAUAUGACAGCGAUUCACGGACGAUUCUCAAGAUCACAAACAAUAAUACAGAAUGGAGCAGAGAUAGACUGUGAAGACAAGAAUGGAAACACCCCAUUGCACAUAGCAGCGAGAUAUGGCCACGAACUUCUCAUCAAUACUCUAAUUACCAGUGGUGCAGACACCGCAAAACGAGGCAUCCAUGGAAUGUUUCCUCUCCACUUGGCUGCCCUGAGUGGCUUCUCAGAUUGCUGCAGAAAACUCCUAUCUUCAGGUUUUGACAUAGAUACUCCAGAUGACUUUGGCAGGACCUGUCUUCAUGCAGCUGCAGCUGGAGGGAACCUGGAGUGUCUAAACUUGUUGUUAAACACAGGUGCAGACUUCAAUAAAAAAGACAAGUUUGGAAGAACUCCGCUUCACUAUGCUGCUGCCAACUGUAAUUAUCAGUGCCUGUUUGCACUUGUUGGAUCAGGUGCUAGCGUAAAUGACCUGGAUGAGCGAGGUUGUUCACCAUUGCACUACGCAGCUACUUCAGAUACAGAUGGCAAGUGCCUGGAAUAUUUACUCAGAAAUGAUGCAAACCCAGGGAUCAGGGAUAGACACGGCUACAAUGCAGUUCAUUAUGCUGCUGCCUAUGGUCACCGGUUGUGUCUCGAACUGAUUUCAAGAGAAACCCCUCUCGAUGUUCUCAUGGAAACUUCAGGUACUGACAUGCUAAAUGAUGCAGAUACCCGGGCACCAAUAAGUCCAUUGCACCUCGCUGCUUAUCAUGGGCAUCAUCAAGCACUAGAGGUUCUGGUACAGUCUUUACUUGACCUUGAUGUAAGGAACAGUACAGGAAGAACGCCUCUGGACCUCGCUGCUUUCAAAGGGCACGUUGAAUGUGUUGAUGUUCUGAUCAACCAAGGAGCAUCAAUAUUGGUAAAGGAUUACGUAGUGAAAAGAACACCUAUUCAUUCUGCAGCCAUUAAUGGUCAUUCAGAGUGUUUGAGGCUCCUCAUCGGUAAUACAGAUGUACAAGCAGCAGUGGAUAUUCAUGACGGAAAUGGACAGACUCCGUUGAUGCUUUCUGUUCUGAAUGGACAUACGGAGUGCGUUUAUUCCUUGCUCAACAAAGGAGCCAAUGUAGAUGCCAAAGAUAAAUGGGGAAGGACUGCUUUGCACAGAGGGGCAGUGACUGGGCAUGAAGAGUGUGUAGAAGCCUUGCUACAGCACAAUGCUAACUUCUUGUUACGAGACUGCAGAGGUCGAACACCGAUUCACUUAGCAGCAGCUUGUGGUCAUAUAGGUGUUUUGGGUGCUCUUCUUCAGACUGCCGUGUCAGUUGACAUCGUCCCAGCAAUAGCAGACAAUCAUGGAUAUACAUCUCUACAUUGGGCCUGCUAUAAUGGUCAUGACGCAUGUGUAGAACUCUUGUUGGAACAAGAGGUUUUUCAGAAAAUGGAAGGAAAUUCUUUUAGUCCGUUGCAUUGCGCAGUCAUAAAUGACAAUGAAGGUGCUGCUGAAAUGUUAAUCGAUACAUUAGGUACCAGUAUUGUGAACUCUGUGGACUCAAAAGGAAGGACGCCACUUCAUGCUGCUGCUUUUACAGACCAUGUUGAAUGUUUGCAGCUUCUACUCAGUCACAAUGCUCAAGUUAAUGCUGUGGAUUCUUCUGGGAAGACACCACUAAUGAUGGCAGCUGAAAAUGGUCAAACGAACGCAGUAGAGGUGUUGGUCAGCAGUGCUAAAGCAGAUUUAACUCUGCAAGAUAACAGUAAAAAUACUGCACUACAUUUGGCAUGCAGUAAAGGUCAUGAAACUAGUGCCUUGUUAAUACUGGAACAAAUCACGGACCGGAACCUCAUAAAUGCCACAAAUGCAGCAUUACAGACACCUCUUCAUGUAGCUGCUCGCAAUGGCCUAACUGUUGUAGUUCAGGAACUUCUGGGAAAGGGAGCCAGUGUACUGGCUGUAGAUGAAAAUGGCUAUACACCAGCAUUGGCAUGUGCUCCUAACAAGGAUGUUGCGGAUUGUCUGGCUCUUAUCUUGGCCACUAUGAUGCCAGUUUCAUCCAGCAGCACACUGCCAUCUCUAACAUUAAAUGCUAUUAACCACUAUACCAACACCUCAAAAACUGUUACUUUUGACUCUUUGCCCCUUAUGAGAAAUGAACACAGCUCUUACUGCAGUUUCAACAAUAUCGGCAGGGAAGAUGGAUACCCAUAUACAGAGGAAGAUGAACUCAAUGACUCUGACUCCGAGACCUACUGAAAGUCAACCUCAUGCUGCUUUUAAGUAGUCUCUGACUGUGCAAAUUAAAAUGUUAAUUGAAUCUACACUGCCUGGAUGGCCAGACAUGUAGGUGAUUGUUUUGUCACGUUCAAGGACAAAUCUGGUUUUGUUUCCCCACCUUACCUUUUUUAAAGUACACACAGAUGAUUAUGACUUUAUAGGAGUUUUAACGUUGACCACUUUUGAGUAAAAAAAAACAACUUUUUUUUUUUCUCCUAACAUUUCUACCCUCGAUUCAAGUGUCCAUUGUAGGUUUGAUGCCUGUGGCAUGAAUUCUUCAUGUGAAAGAAACAUAUAUUGGUAUCUGUGAGAGCGUUUAAGCAGUCAUUACUGUUUUAUUUAAUAUUUUAUUGUCUGUCAAUUUUUUUUUUUAUGACAGUGCACAGAAAUCUAGUAAAUCAGAGAAUUCAUACCAUUGUACAGUAAACACUACAUAGAAAAUUGUAAAAAUAAACUUUAAAAAUUGGUGGCAAUAAAUUUGGUACAGUUGGCAUUGUGUGUGUAUAUCAAUUUGCCAAAGGACCAAAUAGGAUAUAUUCUAUAUAUUUUUUUUCUAUUUUGAUGUGAAAACUGGAAUGAGUUAAACUUGUACUUUGCAUCAAAACUAAUCAUCUUUUUCUACGUAUUUCAACUGGUAGGGCUGUGUUUGCAAUGUACUGCUAAGCUCUCCUAUAUAAAACAAAUCAAACUUUGUUUAUACGCAGUCUUUCUUCCAUUUAUGAUUGCCUAUAGUAGAGGGAAGGUGUUAAUUUUUUUUUUUUCUUCUCUGGGAGAGGGUUGGGAUUAAACCAGAUUUUUUCAGAAUUUUUUCACAAAACCAGGCUAAUCUUGCACUGUAAUAGUCACAUAAAGUUUUAUUUUAUUUUUUUUCCCUUUAAAUUAUACAUUUUAUUUAUCCCUUUAAUGAAAAUUUGACAGGGUUUCAUGAUUUUGUUUCUAAGAGAAACACCCAGCCUUGAAAAUCUGCCUCACCUUUCAACCUACCGUAAUCAUAUUCAGGCACUCAUGCAAAAAUAUUCAUGUAAAAGUCCAAAUUGGUAUUUUUCCUGCAAAACACAGGAUGUGGCCGUAUGUUUUCUGGGGAUGCAAUGAUUCUUCUCUUCUACUCUCCUCCCGCGUAUCAUUUUUAGGAUUCAGCAUCACAGAAAAUACAGUUAACUUAUUUCCUGGUCAGACAUUGUAUAGGCAUUAACGUCCGCACUCUUUGUGUCUAUGACCAGCAUUCUGCAGAAUUUCUGUUCAUCAUGUUAUUGGUUUAGGUUUAGAGUCGGAGAAACGUGAUCACUUAUUUCGUAAAAAGUGCUCAAAACAGUCUCUCAGCAAGGUUUGCAGCAUGAAGAACAAUUAAAUGUUGCACACAUUGUCACACAUUUGAUUUCUUGUUGAGACAUUUUAAUAGGCUUUAUUUUAUUCUUUUGGUUAGAUAAUUAUGAAAUGUAAAUUUUGGAGAGCAGAAGCAAUGAUAUUUAAAUUAAUAAAAGAUUCUAGUGCAUUUAAAAUAAAAAUGGAUUAUACGCGGGUCGCUUGGACGUGCAGAAUAAAUAUAUAUAUAUUUAUAUAUAUAUUUAUUUUGCACACACAUAUAUAUUUAUAACCAGAUUGGAAUAAACACGUUUCCUGCAGAGCAGAAAACAAUUUACUUUUUAUUAGUAUUAUUUGAAAAAAAGAUGUGCAGCAUAAAAUGUAAAAAGCCUUUCCGUAUCAGUGAAACUUUACACCUAAAGCAGGCAAGGCUAUUACAGUUUCUAAAACACUUUUCCUUAGACCUGCUUUUAAUAAGUGAAUUUGCUUAAUUUUCACACUAAACCUUUGUGACCUGGUUAAAUACAGAUUAUCAGUUAUAAUUAUUUUAUUUUGUAUCGUGAAACUGGAAAACUUUUAAAUUGUAAACGAUCUGCUAGUUUUCUGAAAUGAAAACAGGACAGUAUUUUGAUCAAUUUGAUAAUUUUGUGAGUUUUUUUGUCUUUUUGUUAUUUUUUUUUUUUUUUUUAAAGAUGGCAUGUACAUAGUAAUAGUGACUGCUUGAAUACUGUAUUUAACUGCACUAUUGCAGUACAUUGAAAUUCCUGUAUAUUUUAUGGACUAUAAUAAAAUGUGAGUUAUGUUUAAUUAA